UUCAGCUGAAGUGUUGGGACAGCUGAGGAAGUCAGCUAAUCCAUUGAGUAGGGCUGAAUGCGCCCAGCCUUGGACACUGGCAGAGGCAUAGUAAGAGUAAGGGGAAGCCCAAAGGACUGUCCAGAACCUUCAGUAAGACAGUCCAAGACUUCAAGGAGCAAAUAUGGCGGUGCCUAUAGAUCCCAUGGAGGAGCCUCGGAUGUACCAGCAGACGCUGCUGCAGGACGGCCUCUACGACCUGCUGGAGAACGACACCAUGGUGGAUUGCGUACUGAAGAUUAAAGACAAGGAGUUCCCCUGCCACAGACUGGUGCUGGCUGCCUGCAGCUCCUACUUCCGGGCUUUCUUCCAGUCCGGAGUGGAGGAGAGCAAGCAGAGAGAAAUCGUACUGGAAGACGUUGAACCUGGGGUGAUGGGCAUGAUCCUCAAGUACCUCUACACUUCCAGCAUCAAUGUGACUGAGCAGAACGUGCAAGACAUCUUUGCCCUUGCAAACAUGCUCCAGAUUCCAUCCAUUUUCACUGUCUGUGUCUCCUUCUUGCAGAAGCGCCUGAGCUUGAGCAACUGUCUGGCCAUCUUCCGACUGGGCCUGAUGCUUGAUUGCCCAAGGCUGGCCGUAUCUGCCAGGAACUUCGCUUGUGAACGCUUCCAGCUGAUCUGCAAAGAUGAAGAGUUUCUUCAGCUCAAUCCCAAUGAGCUGGCAGCCAUCAUGGCUUCAGACUUGCUCAACGUGGAGACAGAGCAGGCCGUGUUCGAGGCCCUGGUCAAGUGGGUGGCCCACGACCGGGACAAAAGGCCGGACGAGCUUCCGGGUCUGCUGGACUGCGUGCGCUUCCGGCUACUCCCUCAGGACUACUUCUCUCAGAAGGUAGAGAAAAACGAGUGGCUACGGUCUAACCCAGAGAUCGUCAAGAAGCUGCAGCUAGUCAAAGACGCCCAUGCCGGGAAGCUUCCGGAAGUCAAGAAGACCAAGAGCAAGAAAAGUGAGAAGAAGGAAGAUGAUGAGGGGAAGAAAGAUGGAGAAGAAGACGAGGAAGAAGAGCAGGAAGAACAGCUUCCUGGAAUCCUGAAUGAUAACUUGAGGUUUGGUAUGUUCCUCAGAGACUUAAUAUUCAUGGUAAGUGACACUGGGUCCGUGGUUUAUGACCCUGCAGGAAACGACUGUUAUGUGGCGUCGCUGUCGACCCAGGUUCCAAAAAAUCACUGCAGCCUGGUUACCAAGGAGAACCAAAUCUUUGUGGCUGGAGGACUUUUCUUUAACGAACACAGCAAGGAGGAACAACUGAGCUCAUACUUUCUGCAGUUUGACCCUGCGACUUCAGAUUGGCUGGGCAUGCCCCCUAUGCCCUCCCCACGCUUUCUGUUUGGCAUGGGUGAAGCAGAGAACUCCAUCUUUGUAAUUGGUGGGAAAGAGAUGAAGGAAGGAGAGCGCACUUUGGAUUCGGUCCUGGUUUAUGACAGACAAUUUUUUAAAUGGGCAGAGUCGGUUCCGCUCCCCUACCCAGUAUACGGCCACGGAACAGUGUCUCACAAUGGAGUUGUGUAUGUAAUAGGAGGAAAAGGGGACAGCAAACAGUGUUUGAAGAGAAUGUGCGCCUAUGACAUGAAGAAAGGUGAAUGGAAGGAUCUGGCUCCGAUGAAGAUGGCACGCUCACUAUUUGGCAUAACUGUUCACAAGGACAAGAUCUACGUGGCUGCUGGUGUAACAGAGAGCGGCCUUACCGGAAGCAUGGAAGUCUAUGACAUUGCAACAAACAAGUGGUCUGAUUUUGUGGAAUUCCCUCAGGAGAGAAGCUCCCUCAGUUUGAUCACAGUGGGAAAUGGCAUCUAUGCUGUGGGAGGCUUUGCAAUGAUUCCUAGUGAAGACGAAGAGGAGCUCACACCCAGAGAGAUGACUGAUGUAUGGAGGUAUGAUGAAGCGGAGAGGAAGUGGAACGGCAUUCUGAGAGAAAUUCGCUACGCAUCCGGCGCAACAGUUCUGGGCGUCCGUCUCAACACUCUGAGACUUACUAAAAUGUGAGAAAAAACAGUGCUGAGACCAGCAAAGCACUCUGCUGAAACCAGCACUAAGAAACCAAACCAACUUUUUACAUUUUUUCAUCGAUGUUUGCUGUUUCUAAUUCAGUGAAUGGUCCAUGCUUCACAAAUGCACUCUUUUGUAGCAACUGUUGAUAGAUUUGACAAGCUUUAAAGAAGUCUGGCAAAAAUCCUGUUCAAUGAGAAACAAGUUUUUAGAUUUAGGCCCAAAUCCCUUUUCACCCAUCGCCCCUACCACUUAGACCUUAGUUCUCUGUUUUGGGCGUUCACACCUACGGGUAGGGUGUCCUGAUCUUUGUUGAGAUAGAUGAGUAGGGUGAAGUGUUAGAGCUACAUGUCCCUCCAAACGGAGGUUUUUCGGAGGCACACCCCAAACAGAGUGUUACGAGGAAAAAAGAAAAUCCUCUUCUUCAUAACAAGCAUAAGAAAUCGCUAAUAGUGUGCUAAUGUCUCAGUAUUCCACCCAUUCCACCUUAAAUAGUCCAGCAGU